AUGAGUGGAAGAAAACCUGCUGUGGCACCAACUAAGGUGAUAGAAGUUGUAUUACAAUUUAAGGACCGAAUCGUGCGAAUUGAUGAAAACGAUGAAAAAAAAAUCGUGUUUGCUAGUAAUUGCGUUUGGAAUGAAAUAAGUGAACAGCUUGAUAACCGUAUGUCUGGAAAGGCUAUAUACACAUUUGUGUUUGAAGGAAGAUACUCUGUUAAGGAAAAACUAGGAUUUUCUACUCCAAAAUCUAUUUCAGAAAUAAAUAUACCACGUCAAGUCUCAAAUGAAGCAAUAAAUGAUAUUACUAGCAGCGAUAGUAGCGACCAGUCUGAAAUGCCAUCAAAAAAAUUUGUUUUUACUUUUUCGGUAGAUGAAUGGAAAACAAUUCAGCCACAAGAAAUGAAUUAUAAAAUGAUUGACAAAACAAGACCUAUGCAAAACACCAGAUUGUAUUAUGUUUUGCCAAAAUCUAAUUGGACUCCUAUUAUGGCUGAACAUUUUUGGGAACAUACUAGUUUACCAUGUUGUUUGUCGUUCAAAAGAGCAAAAGUAACUCCUGAUGGUUAUAACUACGUAGUAGUUGUUGCACGAUGCACUGUCUGCAAAUCACAUUUUAAAGGAACUAUAGCUGAAAGACCAUCAGACAGUUCUAGAGUGCUAAUGAACUGUAUUUACACUGGUAAUUAUAACGAUGAACAUAAAAUUUCACGAAAGCGACGAUUGUUAGGACCUACGAUAAGUAAAUACACAACAUCCGUUGUUAAGGAAGGCAUAUCAUGUGAAACCACUAGGGAACGAGAAGCUGCUCGUUUAAUGAAAAUGGGUGAUUGUGAACCACCUAUCAUUCCAAGUGGAAAUUCCUUGCGGGCUUUAAAGUGUAGAAAAUUAGCAUCUGAAAGACGUCAUGUAGAUACUUUAACAUCCCUAGUUCUCAUGGCAAAAGAAGAGGAAUAUAAUAAUAUUUUACAUGAUAUUGGAUGUAAUCCAUUUUUUGUGCAUUACUUCUGUUCUGAACAAAUUAACAUUUACAGACAAUAUUGCCGCAGUGUAAGAUAUCCAAAGCUAGUAAUUGAUGCGACCGGUUCAGUAGUGAAACCGUUUAAAAAAUUGAAUGCUGUGAAAACUAAUUCUAUUUUUUUAUACGAAGGUCUUGUUUAUGACGAUAAAAAAAAAUAUAGUUUUACAGUUACAAAUAUGCUGAGCGAACGGCAUACGAGCGUUGCAAUUUCUAAUUGGCUUUUUAAUUGGUUAAGCAGUGAUAUACCUAUUCCAAAACAAACAGUGUGUGAUCACACAGUACUCGACCCUCCAAGAUUAUAUAUUGCACAUUUUAUAAAGACUAUUAGCAAAUGGAUACCAUUAAAAUCUGUUGCACGAAGAGUUCGAGAAGUAAUUCUUCGAGCAAUGGGAUUUUUAAUUCAAAGUCAGUCACUGAUAGAAAUGCGAUCGAUUUUUCUAUCAUUGUUUGUAGUCUUUACAAAUGAAACCGACGGCACUGAUAUUCAUGGCGAAGACACUCCAUGUGAAAAACAUCGACAAAAUUUGAUUUCAGCUACAUCAUUGGGUUUUAUUGAUUUUCAAACUCAGUUUGAUGAAUUAAUCGCCAUGAUAGAAUGUGAGGAUGAUGCAAGACAAAUCAUCGAAGAUGAAUACGAACGGCAGAAUGAAGGGCUGGAGUUAUUUGAAAAUCCAUUUGAAUCAUGGACUAAUGAAAUUUACAAUGAAAGUAAAAUGCUCAUUAAAGAAGGAACCGGAAUUAACCCAUUAUAUUUACCAAAUUUAGUUCCACAUUUAAUAAAAUGUACCAAGCUAUUACCAUUAUGGUCGGGAGUUAUGGUACCAAUUUUUGGUUAUGGAGAAGAGGUAUCAAGCUCAGCAGCUGUUGAGUCGAGUUUUAAAAAACUUAAGACCGUGACAUUAAAACACGUAGACUUGCCAACAAACUUAGAAAGAUUUUUAGAGAAUCAUAUAAUGUCUCUAAAAAGCUCAUCUAUGUUGCGAGCAGCUAAAUAUCACACACCGGUAUCAUCUCCAAAUGAUGAAGAAAACCACGAAGAGUUAAUUUCACACCCAGAAUUAGAAGUAACAGCAGAAUAUUAUGCAACUCUAAGUAAAAUACCGACGCAAUCUCCAGUUUCAAUAAGAUGUAAUGAUGACGAAGACCAUGCCAUAUAUCGUCACCAUAAGUCGUCUUCUGAUGAAGAAGAAUUAGUAGACUAUAAUUCUGAUGAUAUGUUAUAUAUUCCAAAAAGCAAAUGUUCAUUAUGCAGUACAGGAAAUCCUCCAAAAGUUGGUGCAAAUAAAUGUUCUAAUUGUAAAAAACUGGUAUAUACCUUUUCAACAUGUUCAGUUGAAAAGCCAGGAACACAAGAUGAUCGUUUAUGUAUGGUGUGCUCUUUAUUAGAAGAAGAUAACAUAAGGACUGAAAAUAAUGCUCAAGAAAAAUGGAAUCGAAAAAAUAAGAAGCAGAGAAAAAACAAUUCCUAUCUAACUCCAAAUCCCCAUUUAAGAUAUUUGACCCUGACCAAGUCAAAUAGUAAGAGAACGCUGCCAGUGUUAAAAAAUGGAUCAAGGUUUGAAGAACUGAAAGGAUGCAGAACAAAUGCAUUUGAAGGGAGAUUUAUAUUUAAUAACACGUGCGCAUUUGACUCAUUGGCGUCACUUAUCAUGGUAUCAUAUUGUGACAGUCAAAAAUAUUCAGAAAUGUUGGAUAUUUCUGAAAAAUCAGAUUUUAUAAACUUUAUUUGUAAAAUUUUGAAUUCUGGGAUAACAUCUGCAUCAUAUUCACAUAGAGCUGAUUUAAUUAUAAACAAUUUGACUGUUGAAAUAAAAGAAAUGGAAUAUGCCACUACAUUAGUUGUAUGUGCAUCUACUAUUGGCCAUGUAAUUGACUCUUUGAUGGAGAAGUAUCCAUCAGCAAAAGAAAUUUCUAACUGUCCAGUGUGUAAAAAUAUCAAUGAACGAAAAAUUAUGCAUUUCACAUUCCAAAUUAAUGAUAACGAUAAUAUUUCUAAAUUACAAAAUUUCUUUGAUGAGCGUUUAGAAAAAGACUUUUUAAUUUGUGGCCAUAAUGAUUGCAAAGGUCUUAAGACAGUCACUACUGACAUUUCGGAAAUGCAUAUAUUUAUUGAUAUUCUUAUUUGGGAAGGUGAAGAAGCCAUUUCCAGCCAACGCAGUAGUGAGGCAGCAACAAUUUUUAAGAUAAAGCUGUGUGACAUACCGGAAUUAAUAACAGUAAAAUCCACAGUAUAUGAACUAAGAGGUGCUUUAGCUUUUCAACGUCCUAAAAGUUCGUUGAGAAAUUCUGUUGGGCACUAUACAACAUACACAAAAAGAGGAUCUAAAAAUUGGGAGCUUUAUGAUGACCUCAAGAAACUUCCUGUCCAAGUGAAAGAGCAGACAAUAGUUCCGGUCGAAUUUUUGUUUUAUUCUGUUUAA